CCUAUUAUUCAACUUGACUUCUCACUCACAACACUCGUGUCUCGACUUUGAUCUGGUGAGAAGAAUACUCAUCCCAGUCAAAUGAUACUUGGUUCUGACCUUGAGCCUUUGAACAGUCGCCGAGCUCCGCCUUGCGCGGUUCCCAUCUCCCAGUGUUCGAGGACAUCGCACCGUCAGCUGCGCAAUGGCGCAGGCUGACAACGACUUUCAAAACUUCACCGGACUGCGUUUGACCACAGACGCUGCUAUCGAAGACGAUAUACUCACUUCGGCCCCUCAUGGACAACGUGAUUCAGAUCUUCAUCUUGUCAUCGACAACCCACGGGGCUCCCGCCCUCCAUAUCGAGGGUCUGCCACGAGUCAAGAUACCAUCCGAGCGACCGCGACACCACCUGUAGCUAUUCCUCAGCAUGGGGACGCCACAGCUAUCGAAGACGAUCCUUCUUCACCAGCCACAUACAUUGACCAUUACAUGCGCCAUCGACAUGCAUCCAACAACUUCGACAUUCAAGAGUCCGAGGAGCCCCAACUUAUUCCAAACCCUCUGGUCAAGCCAGAAGGUGACCGCCGGCGAGGAAGACCAGUGCUGAAGGCUAUUUCCGACUCAAGGCAGUUUACUCGGGCACAGAGCGAAUCAGAAAGCGACCACUAUGAUCCGAAUACCGGCCGUCGCAUGUCUAAAUAUUCUACUACUCCACCUCGCGAACAAGCUCGGGUUGGCGAAGCCCGAUUCCCCCUUCUACAAAAGACGGUGGACGAGAUGGCUAGAGAGUCCGACGUCAAUCUUGCUCAGCCCAUGUCGUUGACUUCGGAAUCCACCAUGUCUCCUCUCGCACAGCCCGUAACUCCCCGUGACGAUGAGAAUGCCCUCCUCUCACCCGCCGUGGUUUCGCCCCUAGGCUCCCAAGGAUUUCCAUACGAAGAGCCAAGGUCAUUUCGACGCACAGCUUCGCAGCGGUGGAAGGACGGCGAAUUUUCCGCUUCACCACAAGAUUUCUUUGCUCGCGCUGGGAGCUUGCGCAAUCGAAGCCUUCGGGACAUGGCUGGCCGCUCUUCCCGCCAGGACACAAUGGGAUCGACCAAAUCUCCGAGAUCUACAGCCUCAUCUUAUCUUCGGUCUUUUUCCAUCAGCAGCGGAGGCAACGGGGAUGGCAGCGACGGUGGGGGGCCGCCAGCUGUCGAUGCCGAGGGACAGACAAUUGGUGAUGAUUACGUUCUUGGAAAACAGAUUGGGUUUGGUGGAUUCAGCACUAUCAAGGAGGUCACUCAGCUCAAGGAUGGGCAACAUAGGAAAUUGGCCGUCAAGAUUGUCCGUCGCAGGAUCGAUGGCAAAUCUGAAGCGGAAAAUGAUCAGGCCCAGGCUGAAUUCGAACAUGAAGUGGAACUCUGGCGGUUUCUGGACCACCCCAACAUCCUCCCUCUAGAAGCCGUGUACAAGCUAGACGAAGCGACAUUUUGUUUUAUCCCUUUGAAUAUUGGAGGCACUCUAUUCGAUCUCGUGCGGGCGAACCGCCAAGGACUGCCGAUGCACGUUGCUAGAAGCUACGGGUAUCAGUUGGCGGUUGCGCUUUCUUAUCUUCACUACGAUGCUCGUGUGGUGCACCGAGACGUCAAGUUGGAGAACUGUUUGGUUGAACCUACUCCUGAUGGUCAGCCUGGACGACUCCGUGUGUGCGAUUUUGGCAUGGCGGAGUGGCUUUCCAACGACAGCGGGUCAGGACCACCGAGCCCUUCGCUUCAUGACUCAGAUCGCCCACCACAGAAGCACAUUGGUCCAGCCGACACUUCAUCGUCGGCUUUUACUGGGGGCAGCCUGGAGUAUGCUGCCCCAGAAAUUCUACGCAUUGCGGCUAGGAACGAAGACGAGAGGCCUGCGGAAAGGUCCAUCGUAUCAGCCUCGGUGGAUGUUUGGGCAUAUGGAGUUUGUGUUUACAGCAUGAUUGUGGGAUCACGACCAUUCCAGGAUGCAUUCCAACCACGGGUUGUCAUGGCCAUUCUCUCCGGUGAUUGGGACCGGAAUAAACUACGCGAAAAAGGAGGUGACGACGUUUAUGAAGUGGUGAAUGGCUGCCUGGAAAUGAAUGUCACCGAUCGCUGGACGAUAUCCCAGGUUAUUGAUUCAGCCUGGCUGGAGGAUCUCGCGAAAGAGGAUGAUUCACAACACAACGACAACAGUAUAUGGCGACUCUGAUGCAGGAAUCAUCUGUCCGACGUCUCUCACAUGAAGCAUGAUUUACUGGAUAUCAUGGGGCACUCGACGAUUUUGUGAUGGAUCCAUAUACUUAAUGAGGGUAUUUUUCUUCUCCCGGUUGACAUUACCGCUAAACCUUGAGGCGUCAUGGUGCAGACGCACAUGGCUAUUACGGACGAUUUUGACGAGUUAUGACACAUUAUGGGAUCAGGAUGUCUUUCGCUCAUAUUUUCGGGCACGGUGGCAAGCCUCUCGAAUGACAGGAGGAGGGCAAGGCAUUGAUAUUCGACUUUUGGUUCCACUUGUUUUGUUGUGUUCUUGGAUGGAUGUAUGACUAGAACUGGGUCUCUCUCGCUCGAGGUUCUUUGGAUUCUUGUAUGUGAUAUUUUGACUUGGAAGUACUGGAGCGGAU